AUGUCCCCAGCUCCGGAGUCGCUCGUGAUAGACAAAAAUCAGUUGGCUGCAGCGACGGAGGAGCUCCGACUCAUGGAGACCCUUGCGCCCAAGGGCUUGAUAGGCCUCCCGGCCAGCGUGCAGAUGGAAGUGGACACCCAGCCGGAGGGCCUUCAGGACUCCACACAGGAGCAGCAGGGACAGCCGGAGAGGCCGACCAAAUGGCAGAAGCCGAGCGCCAAGGGCCAGGGAGGCGGCGGAAAAGGCCGCAACCAGCAGGGCACAUCUCGCUACGGCAGUUCCUGGAAAGGCCAAGGCCGGGGACAGUCGCAGACACGCAAGGAGGGAGGGCAGGCAGAGAAGCCCCAGCCGAAUAUGGCGAAGGAGCUACAGGUGCUGCGGACCAGAAUGGACAUGAUCACGGCGCUCCUCUUGAGGCGCGACAAUCAACUUAUGAUUGCCAGGUUGGAUUCGGCCUUCAUCUUUUUCCUUCGAACGGACAUGCAGGGCAGCUUGGCGGUGAGCCUUUACCACACCGGCUUGACGUGGAAGACGGCCAAGGAAAAGGAGCCUCAAAAGCUGGAGUCACCCAUGAGGGUAGUGCUGAUGCAAGCGAUGCUUGCAUCAGUGAUGGCCCGCUUCGAGCAGCUGAUGUCGACGGACGCCAAAACUCAUAUCAUCGACCCGGCGGGCAAGACGUUGACGCCAGAGGAGGUGCUCAAGAGCUUGGCCGACUUAGUGAUCCUUGCCAAGGCCCCCCUGGUGAUCAAUCGAUUUCAUGCUACCCGCCCCAUGGCUCAGGACUACAACUCCCAGGCCCUGUGUCGGUCGGCGGUUUGGAUCGCCUCGGGGGUCUACAUGCGCCAGGACAAGCUUCAGCCUGCAGCCUUGGCCCAGCGCAUCGCGAAGAUGAUGAGCGAGUUCGACUCCUGA